AUGGCAUCAUGGGGAGAAGCAAAGGAUUCGCGCUUGAUAGGCAAACGCGUCACGCGUUUGUCAGGCGCCGAGAAAGCUACUGGAAGGGCAAAGUAUACGUUUGACAUCCAUCGUCCCGGCAUGCUUUACGGUCGUAUUCUGGGGUCACCGGUUGCACAUGCGACCAUCACGAGCAUAGACCUCAGUGAGGCAGAAGCACUGCCCGGCGUCAAAGCUGCCAUCCCGCUGAUUGAACCGGGGAAAAAGGUGCGUUUUGAGGGACAGGAGAUCGCUGCGGUCGCCGCUACCACCGACGACAUCGCAAAGGAUGCGAUUCGAUUAAUCCAAUUCGACUACGAUGAAUUGGACUAUGUCGUUGAUGUCGAGAGCGCGAGAGCGGAAGGGGCACCCCAAAUUCGUGACGACUGGAUGGGCAAUCAGAGUGAACCACGAGUUGACGAACGUGGGGAUAUCGAGGCAGGUUUCGCUGAAGCGGCUGUCGAGGUUGAAGCGACCUACCACGCGCAGGUUCAGACCCAUGUGUGCUUGGAGACGCAUGGGAAUAUCGCCGAAUGGGACGGGGAUAACCUGACCGUUUGGGCUUCGACACAAGCGGUUUUUGGCACACGCCAAAAUCUCGCACAACGUUUUGAGUUGCCCGAAAGCCAGGUGCGCGUCAUCACUGAACACAUGGGUGGUGGCUUUGGCAGCAAGUUUGGCCCCGGCGUGGAAGGUGUCGCUGUCGCGAAACUCGCCCGAAAAGCGGGGGCACCUGUUAGGUUGAUGUUGACCCGUAAAGCUGAACACCUUGUUGCUGGCAAUCGUCCGUCAAUGACACAGACGGUUCGUGCGGGCGCGACGAAAGAUGGUCGCUUCAUCGCUUACGAUAUGAGUGGCUACGGCACAGGGGGUAUCGGUAGUGGAGCGGGUUUCACUGGUCCCUAUGUCUAUCAUGUCCCGAAUUACCGGACUGAAAAAUCUGCCGUUGCGAUCAACGCGGGUAGUGCCCGUGCUAUGCGUGCGCCCGGUCACCCACAGGGUGCUUUCGCCAUGGAUUCGUUAAUGGACGAACUCGCCGAAAAACUGAACAUGGAUCCAUUAGAGUUCCGACGCUUGAACGGCGACAGCGAUGCACGACGAAACAGGAUUCGUCAAGCCGAAUAUACGCUCGGCGCACAGGAGAUUGGCUGGCACCGACGCAACAGAGUCGCCGGAUCCGGUAAAGGCGUUAUGAAACGUGGCAUCGGUGUGGGUUGCGGAUUGUGGGGUGGUGGUGGUGGUGCAGGCAACGCAAGCCCGCGUGACCAUCCACUCAAGUGGUGCUGUCGAAGCGGUUACCGGUACGCAGGAUAUCGGCACAGAUCUAAGGCUGAGCGUUUCGUGGAAGAGGCGACAGGCUAUCUCGGCAUGGAGACUAUCUCCGAAGGUGGCGAAUGGGACGAAAACCUCCGCGUCGGCGAUACCGCUGGCGUGCAGUUUGCCGAGGUCGAAGUUGACACGGAAACAGGGAUUGUCAAGGUCAUCAAGGUUGUCGCGAUUCAAGACUGUGGCUUGGUGGUCAAUCGUCUGACAGCCGAAAGCCAGAUCAAUGGUGCUGUUAUCAUGGGAUUGGGCUAUGCGCUGCUUGAGGAGCGUAUCAUGGAUGGUCAGACCGGCAAGAUGAUUAACGCGAACCUUGAGGAUUACAAAGUCCCCGGCACGAUGGAGAUUCCUGAGAUUAAAUCCAUCCCAUACGAUACCGACCGAAAAAUAACGGGAAUCGGUGAACCGCCGGCAAUCCCGACAGCGGGGGCAAUCGCUAACGCUGUUUACAACGCAAUCGGUGUCCGUAUCCGGGAACUCCCGAUUACGCCGGACAAAGUCCUCAACGCCCUCAGUUAG